UUUCUCACAAGUCACAAUUACAAAAGCUAAAAAGUUCUUUAAGAAUCAAAUCAAGUGUGUUUUUUUUCGAAGAAAAGAUUAGAAAAUGUCUAACAACAGUCAGAGCAUGAGCUUCAACGCUGGCCAAGCUAAAGGCCAAACCCAGGAGAAGGCAAGCAACUUGGCGGACAAGGCCUCCAAUGCUGCCCAAUCUGCUAAGGAAUCUCUUCAAGAGGGAGGACAGCAGCUGAAGCAGAAGGCACAAGGUGCGAGUGAGGCCAUUAAGGACAAGACCGGCAUCAACAACUGAGAAGCACGUUGAACUAAUAAUUUAUGUUUUUUUCGUUUUUUUACUACCCGAAUAAUAAUAAUUAGAUAGAAAUGUCUAUCUAAAUCCAAGACUAUGGAUUUCGAUUGAAGCCAUUUAGGCAACUAUGUUUGCUUCUCUAAGUUUUUUUUUUCCAUAAAUAUCUAUCCAAGGGUUUUAAACUCUUUUGGCUCUUGAUAAUUUGUAGCCAUGCAGUUAUUUCUAUAUUAAAUAAAUGAUAUGAUAAGUUCACAUGAAA